UAAUUAAUAUUAAUAUUAUAAAUAUGGUACGAAGAUGCGAAGUUUUUGGCUGCCCUGUUAGACAAAGUCAGGGGUUACGAUUAUUUUACUUUCCAAAAUGUGAAAAACAACGUUUAUCUUGGCUAUCUUGGAUAAGAGUCAAACGACCUGGAUGGAUCCUUAAAACGAAUAGUCGUAUAUGUGAAUUGCACUUUGCUUUAAAUUAUUAUGAGAAGCGACAGGAUGGCAAGAAAAUAUUAAAAAAUACAGUUAUACCCAGUUUACAACAAGAGUCAUUAGAAAAUCAGUCAUUUGAAAAUCCAGAGCUACAAAGAGAAACAUUAAAAUACAUGGAAAAUGCAGAGCAUUUAAAGACAUCAUUGGAAGGAUUUCAAACUUCUAAAACUAAAGCUUAUUUAUCGGAUAUUACUAAUGUUUUUCAUGCGAAAAAAUCAAUCGUUUUACAUGAUUCAGAUUGUUCAACAUCUGUUUUAUCAAAGAAAUUGCUAUCUCAAAUGUCUUCUGUUAGAGACUCUACAGUAGAUAAAGGAAUUACUGAACCAUCUGAAUCAAGUAAUAAUAUUUCUUUGAGCCAUCCUGAUUAUUCUUUUUUAAAUGACUCUAUACCAAUAGAAGUUACACAGCCAUUCUUAUUUUGUCCAGUUAACAAAUCUGAUAUUAUAAAACAUGACGAAAGUUUUAUACAAUCUAAUCUAACAGAAAAUGUCAAUACUCAAACAAAUAUAUUUGAAUACAAUAAUGUCAAUACUCAAACUAUUACAUUUGAACGUCAUAAUAUCAGCACUCAAACAAAUAUAUUUGAAUAUAAUAAUGUCAGUACUCAAACUAAUACAUUUGAACAUCAUAAUAUCAGCACUCAAACAGAUACGUUUGAUAUCAGUAUUCAAACAAAUAAAUUUGAAUAUAACAAUAUUUCUGUUGAUAAUUUUGUAACAAUCGUUGAGGCAUUAAAGAAAGAGAUAGCUAAGAAACAGAAGAGAAUUGAAAGCCUUGAAAAGCAGCAUAAUAUUAUUAAAAAAACUAGUAAUAAAGUUUAUAAAAUGUAUUCUGACAUUAAACACAAGUAUGCAGCUCAUUACAAACAAGUAAAACGCUUGAAAGAAAAUAAAAACAAGAUUUAUGGUAUUCUUGACAAGAAGUUGCAUCCAGAUCAAAUAGAAGCUUUAAAUAGAAAAUCAAAUAAUGGAUUAAAAUGGAGCUUUGUUACUAUAAAAGAUGCUCUUGUUUUUAAAAUGAAAUGGGGAACACAAGGUUACAUCAAUUUUGUUAAGCGUCUUCCUAUUUAUCCUAGCAUUCGGACAUUGCAAAGACAAUUAUUUCAUUUAAAAUUUAAUAGCGGUAUUCUACUAGAAGUGUUUGACAUGAUGAAGACUGAAGUACCUUGUAUGACCACAGAAGAAAGAGAAUGUGUAAUGGUACUUGAUGAAAUGUCAAUAAAACCUGGCGAAGUGUUUGAUCCAUCAAUACAAAGAAUGAUUGGAUACUGCACUUUUCCUGCACACUCAGGAAUUGCAACAAAAGUUUUAGUUAUUUUAUUAGCAGGAAUUUCUCGUAGAUGGAAGAUUACUGUUGCUUAUUAUUUUACUGGUACGGCAGAUUUCGAAUGCAAAAUAGAAGAUGUAAAUGCUACAGGAAAUGCAUUGAAAACAAUCAUUCUCACUUUAAUUGAAAAAGCAGAAAAUAUUGAUCUGCGUGUUAACUCAGUGAUCAGCGAUAUGGGCAGUGACAACAAAGCCAUGUGGAAUGCAUUCGGAGUUGGUUGUACCAAAGAAUACGUAAAAACAAGCAUUAUACACCCUGUUAGACCAGCAAAUAGAUUAUAUUUUAUUCCUGAUCCAGUACAUUUGUUUAAGAAUAUUAAACAUAUGUUGGAAAAUAAUAAAAGUAUUCGUUUUCCUGCAGAUAUCUGUGCCGCGAAUAAUUUAUCUAAUUCUUUAGUAGAUAUUCAACAUAUUGAAACAUUACUGCAUCAUGAAAACAAGCAUGAAUUGAAAAUAGCUUAUAAACUCAAAGAUACUAAUUUACACUGCAAAAAUCAAUAUAACAAGAUGAAAGUGUCUACUGCUAGUUCAGUUUUAAAUAAAAGAACAGAAACAGCGUUAAAAACUUAUGCCAAUUAUACAAGUGAUAAUUCAUUUAAAACUACAACUUUUUUUAUUAAUCUUGUGGAUCGUUGGUUUAACAUCAUGACAAAUAGAUCUCGUAUCUUUGCUCUCAGUAAAUCCAAUAUUAAAAUGUAUAAUGAUGUUAUUGCUCAUCUAAGGAAAAUUCAGCAAAUAUUUCGUUCCAUGUUAAUAGGGAAAAAAGGACACUGGAAGCCAGUACAAUCUGGAGUAAUAAUGGCAAUAGAAAGCAUUAUCGAAUUGCAACAAUAUUUUUUAAAUGAAAAGGGGUAUAAAUUUUUUUUAACAGGCCGUUUCACUCAAGAUUGCCUCGAAAAUCUAUUUUCUCUCUUAAGAUUUAGACAACCUAUUCCAAACCCUCUUCUUGUUAAGCAAAAUUUAAAAGUUAUUACAAUCACUCAAGUUUGCUCAUGCUCUAAAAUUACAAGUUAUAAUGAUGAUGAGAAAGAUGAUAAUGUUGAACAAGUAAAGUUAGAUUUCUUGAAAACGUCACAAGAAAUAGCAGCAGCUAGACAAAAAGCAGAAGAAGUAGAUGUUUUCAUGGAAGGUGUUGCCAUUAAUAUUCCAGAAUUACAAGAUAGUCACAUGAAUUUAAUUGAUUCUUGAGAAUGGCCCAUUAUAUAUGAUAUUGCUGGAGCAGUUGUACAUUCCGUUAAAAAUAGCAUGAAAAUAUGUGAUACAUGUUACAAAUCCGUUCUGUGGCAAGGCAUGGAUUCUCAUUCAUUUUCGAUUGUUGUAGAUUUUCGAAGUUAUACAGAUAAUAGCUUGUGCAAGGUAUCAGAUUCUUGUUUUAAAGCUAUCAUGAAAGCUGAAAUUACAUUUCGAGAACUGAGAGACUCAUUUGAAAAAAUAGAAAAGAUUAAAAUUAUUGACUAUCUUGUUGAGAAGUUACUAUAUGUUUGGGAAGUCAAUAUUCCACAAUGUCACAAUAUUACUGUAAAGAUUUUGACUAAGUUUCUUCGCAUGCGAUUUAGAAUGUUUAAUCUCCAACGUAAAGAAUGCAUGGAGAAGGAAAAUAAAAGCCGCACACACAGUAGCAAGACAAUGGAUAUGCAUAUGAUUGUUGAAAAUCUUUAAAAGUUUAUUUCUUUUCUUUUGUGUUUUGAUUGAAAAUUAAGACACAAAGGGAAAGAAAAUCCAAAUAGAUGUGUGUUAUAUCAAAAGUAUAAAUUAAUUCUUACCUGUGAUUCUACAUAUGUGAUAUUAUGAGAUUUAAGAAUGAAACAUUUUUUUGUUUAUCUAAUAUUAUAUAAAUUCUAAAUAUUAUGUAAUGUUAUGAAAUUUAUGAGUUAAAAUUUUUUUGUUUAUGUAAUGCUACAUAAUAUAUAUUA